AUGACAUCCACUUUAGACGAAAGCAAUAAGGAAAAAAUUCGUUCAGUUUCAGUGGACUUGAACAAUGACACUUCACUUCUCAUUGACAUUCCUGAUGCUCUAUGUGAAAGGGACAAAGUCAAGUUUACAGUCCAUACAAAGACAACCUUGAGUACUUUCCAGAAGCCAGAGUUCUCUGUUCCCAGGCAGCAUGAAGACUUUAUCUGGCUACAUGACACUUUGGUUGAAACAGAGGAAUAUGCUGGUCUCAUAAUCCCUCCUGCACCGCCAAAACCUGACUUUGAAGGCCCUAGGGAAAAGAUGCAUAAACUGGGAGAAGGCGAGGCUACUAUGACAAAGGAGGAGUACACAAAAAUGAAACAGGAACUGGAAGCUGAAUAUUUGGCUGUGUUCAAGAAAACCGUUCAAGUUCAUGAAGUGUUCCUACAGAGACUCUCCUCACAUCCAAUUUUAAGCAAAGACAGAAACUUCCAGAUUUUCUUAGAGUACGACCAGGAUCUUAGUGUGAGGAGGAAGAAUGCAAAAGAAAUGUUUGGAGGUUUCUUCAAAAAUAUGGUGAAAUCUGCAGAUGAAGUCCUAAUCUCUGGAGUAAAGGAAGUUGAUGACUUUUUUGAGCAGGAGAAGACAUUCCUCCUUGACUAUUACAGCAAGAUAAAAGACUCAACGGCCAAAGCAGAAAAAAUGACACGUGCACACCAAAAUAUUGCUGAUGAUUAUAUUCGUAUCUCAGCAACAUUGAAUUGCAUUGCAGCCGACGACAGUACAGCAAACAAAAAGCACUUAGAAAAAUUGUCUGACCUGUUUGAAAAAUUAAGAAAAGUAGAGGGACGAGUAGCUUCAGACGAGGAGCUAAAACUGACGGAGCUGCUAAGAUAUUAUAUGAGAGAUAUUCAGGCCGCAAAGGACUUGUUGUACAGACGAGCAAGGGCUUUGGCGGAUUAUGAAAACUCGAACAAGGCUUUGGACAAGGCCAGACUGAAAGGCAAGGACAUUCCCCAGGCAGAGGAGCACCAGCAGCAGUGUCUGCAUAAGUUUGACAAGCUCUCGGAGUCUGGGAAAAGAGAACUCACAAAUUUCAAGGGCAGGCGUGUGGUGGCCUUUCGGAAAAACCUCAUAGAGAUGGCUGAACUUGAGAUAAAACAUGCCAAGAACAACGCCACUCUAUUGCAAGGCUGCAUCGACCUGAUCAACACUCGUCUCGCCAGCUCCAAGUGCCACGACUUCACAGUGGACACGGAUCCUCCAGCGGCGAGCAGGGGACCUCUGAGCAAGGCAAGUUCAGCCACAUACUCGGGCAGAUCUGUGGCUCGCAAAGAUAGACGUAGCAUCACCUUGUUGUUUGUAAAGAAGCACGACUUAGCCACGUCUACGCGGACAACCAUGGACCUCUACGACCCCCAGACCCUCGGCAUCAUGGUGUUCGGUGGGUUCAUGGUGAUCUCUGCUGUGGGAAUCGCUCUUGUCUCCACCUUCUCAAUGAAGGAGACCUCGUAUGAAGAAGCACUGGCCAAACAGCGUCGAGAGUUGGGUAAAAUCCAGACAACCCGCUCUGAGAAAAAGAAAAAGGAAAAAACCUCAGAGAAGAAGAGCCGUGGUAAAAAGAAGGAAGAUAAGCCUAAUGGAAAAAUCCCAGAUGCGGAGAAAAGUCAGGAAGAGUCUGAGGUUGAUUCAGAGUCUGCUGCUGCUCCUGCUGAAGAUCCGGAACCCAUUGUCGAACCUCAAUCUGCUCCUGUUGUAGCCGCGCCUGCCCUGGAGGAACCAUCACCUGCCCCAUCUCCCAAAGACAAGAAGAAAAAGAAGGUGGCUAAAGUUGAGCCUGCCUCCCAAGCAUCUGCUCCCAUCAAGCCCUCAGCCGCACCUGCUCCAGUGGCAGCCCCUGCCCCACCCAAACUUGCCACCACUAAGGCCACACCUGCCCCUGAGGUAGCUAAAGUCACCCAGGCUGCAGCUGUCAAGGCUUCUGCCCAACCUCAGGUUAAAGCCCAGGCCCCUGCUGCACCCAAAACUGCUCCUGCUCAAGCCAAAACUGCCACUGCCCCUGCGAAAGCUGCCCCCGCGCAGAGCAAACCGGCCCCAGUCCUGGAGACGGUCACUAAAGAUGUCCCUGUUAUGGCUGUGCCUCCGGUGGGCUCGCAAGCUCCUGCUGCUAAUGCCAAACAACAAGAACCAAAGAAGAAGGCUUCCAAGAAGAAGACUGAGCCUGUGGCUGUGGAUCCAACUGACGCUGCGCUGUACCUGCCGUACAAGACUCUACUGUCCACCAUCAGCAGCAUGGUGUUCAACGAAGGAGAGGCCCACAGACUCAUCGAGAUCCUAUCUGAAAAGGCUGGAAUCAUCCAGGACACGUGGCACACAGCCACUCAGAAAGGAGACCCAGUGGCGAUGCUGAAGAAGCAGCUGGAGGAGAGGGAGAAACAGCUGGCGGCCGAACAGGAAGAUGCCUCUGCCGCAAAGAACCGCCUCCGUGAGCUCACAAAGGAGCUGUCGGCGGAAAAGUCCAAAGUGGCGAGUGUGGAGACGCGGCUGAGCUCCCAACUCAGUAAACGGGAACAAGAGAUGAUUGCCUUGCAGGCGCGAAUGCAGGCCAGCUACCAGGACCACCUCGCCCAAACACAGAGGCUCAACACUCAAAUUGUGAGUUUGAAGGAUGAACUCGAAAAGGGUCCCAACGCCCAGCUGGCUCGGCUACAACAAGAAAACACUAUUCUCCGUGAUGCCCUCAACCAGGCCACAAGUCAGGCCGAGAGCAAACAAAAUGCAGAGUUGGCCAAACUGCGUCAAGAAUGCACCAAACUCACCAAAGAGCUGGGAGAGAAGGCGGAGAGUCUGCAGACAGAGGAACAUGCCCGGAAAGCCCUGGAAGCCAAAGUCUCUGCAUCGGAGAAACAGCUGUCCGUCCUGCAGGCUGCUCAGGCAGAGGGCGAGCAGGCCCUGCAGAAGCGGCUGGAGGAGGUGUGCGAGGAGCUGCGGAGCUCCCAGAGCAAGAGCAGCACUCUGCAGACGUCUCUGGAGAAAGCUCAGCAAGACAACAGCGCAGUGUCAGAACUCCAGGCGCGUGUGGGCGAGCUGGAGGCUGAUAACCGGGAGCGCGGAGGGCAAGUGGAGGCCCUGAAUGCUCAGCUCAAAGAGGCCCAGGGCGAGAAGGAGCAACUGGAGCAGAAAGUGUCCAGCAUCACGGCUCUGCUGGAGGCCGCACAAAGCAAAGGGGAGGAGCAAAGCACUCCGGACAAUUCUGAGGAUUUGGAGCAGUUAAAACAAAGUCUUCAAGAAAAAGACACAGCGUUGUCUGGGCUUCAGGAGGAGCUGGAGAGCCUAAAGCUAAAGCAGGAAUCCGUUGAAAACACUAUCAGCGAAUUACAGAAAACCAAAAGUGAGGCCGACACUCUGGCUGCAUCACUACAGGAUGAAGUCACAAACCUCAAAGAACAACUACAGAACACUCAACUGCCGGAAACCUCCAGUGAAGAGCUGCAAACACUACAGAGCAGUCUGACUGAGAAGGAAUCCCUCAUCACAACCCUACAGGAGAAACUCAAAGAAGUUGAAGAGAAAACCUCUUCUGACAAAAGCACAAUGACUCUACUAAGAGCCUUUCAAACUGAAACCAAAGAAUCGCUACAGACGCUCUUCCCACAAAUAUCUCUGGAGGCAGAGCAGGACAACUGGCUUCAAGUCUUCACUCAAAAAGCCCAGGAAGCUCUCAGCCAGCCGAGCCAAGAGGCCCAGUCAAAUACAGAAGUGACUGAGUUGUUGGAAAAACUGAAGGAGUCAGAGGAGAGCCACACUUCUCUACAGACUGAAUGUGAACAGUACAGAACUGUCUUGGCAGAAACGGAAGGAAUGCUGAAACAUCUGCAGAAAAGUGUGGAGGAGGAGGAGCAGGUGUGGAAGGCCAAAAUGGCUGCUUCAGAGGAACAACUCUCCGCGGCAUUAGAGAAAGCGCAGCUGCUGGAGACAGAAAACCAAAGUAUUUCACAAAUGAAGGAGCAGAUUGCACUCCUGGAGGCUCAGCUGGAGAGACAAGGAGACCAGGAACCCUCCGAGGACCUUGAGCAGGUGAAAUCACAGCUGUCUGAAUGUCAGAUCCAGUUGGCAGACGCCCAAAAAGAGGCCCAGGUGCACAAGGAGGCGCUCUCUCAGAUACGGCAGCAGCUGGGCGAGGCUUCAGGCAAACAGGAACAAAACGGCCCCACUGAAGCGCCAGACAGCCAGGUGCAGCAGGACUUGAACCAGACCAAUGACAAGCUGCAAGAGGAGUCAGCCCAAAGACAACAACUCGGAGAGGAGUUGGAGGAGGCACAGAAGACAAUCACAGAUCUCCAGGCAGAGCUUGAGCUUCUCAAGGACUCUACUGAGGCCACUGAAGAGGACAAUGUGAAUGAGCUCAAGGAGCGUUUGGAAAAAGAGAAAAAGCUGUCUAAAGACUUGGGACUGGCAGCCACCAAGCUUCAGCAGCUUCUGAAGGCCACUCAGGACCAGCUCAGCAAAGAGAAGGAAACCGUGAAGACUCUACAGCAGGGACACGCUGAAAGCAACGGUGACGGAGUGGAGCUCACAGACGGAGAGGAGCUCAAAGAAGGAACAUCGGUCUGA